GAAAACAGCGGCACAGUCAUUUAAACCCACCUCUUACGAAUCUGGAACUUAAUUACCGAAUAACUCAAAGUUUGCUGUGCUUUCCUACGGUUCAUUUUAUUUUGAAAAUACUGCAGCCGAGUAAUCAAAUCUUGUCUGUCCUGCUUCACUUAAACUGGCUGAUGUGCUCAGUUUAAAGAGAGCUGUCAACGCACAGCCAGAACAACACAGGAAAAGACGCAGUUCCUGUCUGAAUGGUGACCUGAGACAAAUGGCCAGAUCAGGUGUGUGUUGCGGCGGCCUGCAGGAGCCCCCCGCCCUGAUGAAGAUGGGGCUGGGCCUGAUCGUGCUGGGCCACCUCAACUUCCUGCUGGGCGCGCUGGUGCACGGCGUGGUGCUGCGGCGGGGGGGCCCGCCGCCGCAGGCCCGGGCCCCCGACUACGCCGUGGCCAACGUGGUGGCGCUGGCCUCAGGGAUGGUGGGUGCUGUUGUUGGCAUUCUUGCUAUCAUCCUCUCAAAAAACAAGAAGAGCAGAGGCCUGACCUGGUCCCUGUUGGCGGUCAGCCUGCUGUCGGCCCUCAUGGCGGCCGCCUCGGCCCUGGGCCUCCUGGUGUCGGUGGUGAUGGCCGUGGUUCAGGGUGGGCGGAGCCUCCUGAGCCACUGCCGCUUUCCCGACGCCAUCGGCUACUCCAGCGUCACCACCGAGUGUCCGUUUGACCCCACGCGCAUCUACAGCACCACUCUGAUCCUGUGGGUGCCUCUGAUUGUCACGUGUGUGGUUCAGUUGGUGUUUUCUGCCCGUUGCCUGGCUGCCUGCGUGUCAUUUCUGGGCCUGCCUUGCUGCCCCAUGAAGAAGAGGCUGGGCCACUACGCCAAAGCGAUUACUGUGGUGAGGCCUGCGAUAGAGGCUCCUCGUGCUCGUUACACGGAACCUCCCAGAAGCCACAAGAAACCCGACAGAAGAGACACGGAACCUCUGAGAAUCUACAACGAAAAUGCAAGACUUGAGACUGAGCCUCCGAGGAGGACCAGUAAAGCUCCCAGACGGGCCUCGGCCCCCCCCAGACACCAGCACAGACCUCCUUCUCCUCCACAGCAUCUCUCCCGCCAGCAUCAAAGCCUUCCUCCCUCUGACCGGCAGCCUCUUCGUCAGCCACACAGAGAACACCCGGACAGGGAGAGGCUGGACAGGAGGACGGGCGGUCAGCACCGGGCACCAGAGCAGCACCAGCUGCUGCAGAGAGGAGCCCUGGAGAGGUCCAGCUUCUGGAUUUAACCAAAUCCAACAGGGCAGAUCCUCCUGAAGGGGUCGUGGUCCUGUGAGGGUUUAUGCUUUUACUCAGUCGGAAGCUGUGGCCUCUAAAACCGGACAGGUCUGAUCUGGGAAACCUCGGGUAGGAACUGUCCGCUCAGUGUUCGGGACGCCAGCUGUGCAGUUGGUCGUUCUAGCUUUUAUUUUCUACUGCGAAGGACUGAAUAACCACAUGAGGAGAUAAACUUGAGAUAAAUCGUUUACAGUGCAAGCUUUUAAUGGACGAAUGGAAGCAUUGUGUCUUAUGAUGUUUGUUUUUUUAUUUUUAAACUAGGAAUUGAAAUGCUUUAUGCUAAUUUGUGUUGUGCUAAGUGGGCCAUUAAACUCUUUAUUUGCAGAAAACCUAAAGCGGUGAUCCGAAGUUAAUGUUAUUUUAAGUUUAUACUGAAUAUGUUGCUUAUGUUGAGUUUAGCGAGAUAGAGAAGUAGCUCAUGGUAAACCUGAUGAUAGAUGGACUGGUUACCACUAAAGACAGAGUUUAA